CCUGCAGUGUGAUGUCAUCAUUCACAUGAUUGGUCCUCACUCUGCAGCGGAGGUGAGGUCACGUGUGAAGAAAGUUCUGGAACGCUGCGAGGAGAAUCAGAUCACCACCGUUUCCUUCCCUGCUGUUGGCACUGGUGGUGGAGGUGUCAAGAGCGUUGAUGCCAUUGGUGCCAUGCUCCAGGCCUUUGAAGAUCAUUUCAAUCAAAAGACCUCCACUGUGAUCAAGCUCAUCUAUUUAGUGAUCGACCGAGACGAUGUGCUACAAGAGUUCCAACAGGGUCUCAAAACAUGGACCGCAAAUGCACAGGACAGUGAGGAUGAGGAUGAUGAAGAAUCGGACUGUAGUUCAGAUGAAGACAGCAAAUCCUCUGAUCAAGGAGCUGACACAAGCACUAACCCUAUAGAAGCAAUGAUUGGCCCAAUGAAAGUGAAGGUGCUUUGUGGUGACAUCACUAAAGAGACCGUAGACGCGAUUGUCAACAGCACUACGACAAGUCUUGAUUUGAGCUCAGGUGUAUCAGGAGCCAUUCUCAAAGCUGCAGGACAAACCGUUGUAAAUGAGUGCAAAACAAAGGCGCCUCAACCGGCUGAUGGUGUGGUCUUGACCAAAGCCGGAAAUCUUUCAAAUAUCAAAAGUAUUAUCCACAUGGUUGGACAGACCAAUGAGAAAGGCAUCACAAGUUCCACGUACAACGUUCUGAAGAUGUGCGAAGAAAAUCAAAUUCAGUCUGUGUCAUUCCCAGCUCUUGGAACCGGAGCAGGGAACCUGGCAGCAGCUCAAGUGGCCAAUGCAAUGAUUGAAGCGCUCACAAAAUUUGUCAAAGAUUCACCAAAACAUCUGAAACGUGUCAACAUUGUGAUCUUCCAAACGAAAACGCUGCCAGACUUUCAGGAAGCGUUAAAGAAGUUAAAAAAGAUAUCUCUAAAUGUUUCUGUUUUACCUUCUGAAGUUUCAGGCAUUGUUGAAACACCAGCUCCAACAUCCUCCUUUCACUCUCAGUUUACCAAGAAAGAAGAUCUUUGGGCUUGUGAAAAAAUGAAAUCAACAUCACAGGCUAGAUUAACUGUCAUGGAUGCUAAAAAAGACGGGUGGGAUUGUGACGUCUGUUUGGCGAUAAAUAAAGGCACAUCUAGCCGUUGUGUCACCUGCGAGACACCCAAACCAAAUAUGAAAAGCAAAACUCCUGCUGUGCCAAAAGAUUUUUCAUCCACCAUUAGUUUUGGUAGUUCUUCCAAACAAUUGGCUGUAACAGGAGUUGAAGCAUCCCCAGCAAGCUUGAAGUGUGAGUCGUCGACAUCCCAAACGGAUAAGCAGAUAAAGAAUUCAACUUUUUCAUUUUCUAGUCUAGCAUCUACUGGUGGAUCUAAGUUUGGCAACGUGUCUUCACCUGUUCCCAAAUAUACUGCUGAACAAGACAGGAAUAAAGAAUCUACCUGCUCUCCAUCUGCAGAAAAGACUAGUCCAGAUGAUAAUCCACUUUCUAUUAACAAGCCCAACACCAACAGAGUGCUUUCUUCUCCAAAGUUUGUCUUUGGAACAGACGUUCAGAAGAUUUUUGGAAGUCCUUUGUCAUUUAAAGAAAUGCUUUCUAUUACUACUUCAAAAGAUGAAGCAACUAGUUUUGCCUCAAUGCUUAAAUCCUUAAAUCUGAGCAGUCGACCACCAGUGGAGUCCAUCAAUCCCUUGAAUGUGCCAGAAAAAGGUGAGCUGUAA